AGCCCCGUGCAUCUGUGGCCUGUGCUGCCCAUACUCAGGGAGACAGGAGGGGAGAAGGAAGAACCAGACCUGGGAGGCCCCCUGCUGACUAGUAGAGGAGUCCAGCAAGCAGUGAGCCCAGAGUUGACCUAUGCUCCCCAGAGGAGGGGGCAUGGGGGCCCACUCUGCACAGGCCUCCCCUCGGCUCCGGCCCCAGCCCCUGCCUCCAACCCUCCCACCCCCAUCUGCCCAGGGACGGGUUGGAAGUUUUUCCUCCUGACCAAAGUACAGACAGAGAUCUAAUGGUACCAAGUGACAGGUCGACCUUCCUGUGACACGGGGACGCCAGAUCUGAGAAGAUGUCGGCAAUACAGGCCGCCUGGCCAUCCGGUACAGAAUGUAUUGCCAAGUACAACUUCCACGGCACCGCCGAGCAGGACCUCCCCUUCUGCAAAGGAGACGUGCUCACCAUUGUGGCCGUCACCAAGGACCCCAACUGGUACAAAGCCAAAAACAAGGUGGGCCGUGAGGGCAUCAUCCCAGCCAACUACGUCCAGAAGCGGGAGGGCGUGAAGGCAGGCACCAAACUCAGCCUCAUGCCCUGGUUCCAUGGCAAGAUCACACGAGAGCAGGCAGAGCGGCUUCUGUACCCACCAGAGACAGGCCUGUUCCUGGUGCGGGAAAGCACCAACUACCCUGGGGACUACACGCUGUGCGUGAGUUGCGACGGCAAGGUGGAGCACUACCGCAUCAUGUACCACGCCAGCAAGCUCAGCAUCGACGAGGAGGUGUACUUCGAGAACCUCAUGCAGCUGGUGGAGCACUACACCUCCGACGCAGAUGGACUCUGCACUCGCCUCAUCAAGCCAAAGGUCAUGGAGGGCACGGUGGCGGCUCAGGAUGAAUUCUCCCGAAGUGGCUGGGCGCUGAACAUGAAGGACCUGAAGCUGCUGCAGACCAUCGGCAAGGGGGAGUUUGGAGACGUGAUGCUGGGCGAUUACCGAGGGAACAAAGUAGCUGUCAAGUGCAUUAAGAAUGAUGCCACUGCCCAGGCCUUUCUGGCCGAAGCCUCGGUCAUGACGCAACUCCGGCAUAGCAACUUGGUCCAGCUCCUGGGUGUGGUUGUGGAGGAGAAAGGUGGGCUCUACAUCGUCACUGAGUACAUGGCCAAGGGCAGCCUGGUGGACUACCUGCGUUCACGGGGACGGUCGGUGCUGGGCGGAGACUGCCUCCUCAAGUUCUCACUAGACGUCUGCGAGGCCAUGGAAUACCUGGAGGGCAACAACUUCGUGCAUCGGGACCUGGCUGCCCGCAACGUGCUGGUGUCUGAGGACAAUGUGGCCAAGGUCAGCGACUUUGGCCUCACCAAGGAGGCCUCCAGCACCCAGGACACGGGCAAGCUGCCAGUCAAAUGGACAGCCCCUGAGGCCCUGAGAGAGAAGAAAUUCUCCACCAAGUCUGACGUGUGGAGUUUUGGAAUCCUUCUCUGGGAAAUCUAUUCCUUCGGGCGAGUGCCUUAUCCAAGAAUUCCCCUGAAGGACGUCGUCCCUCGGGUGGAGAAAGGCUACAAGAUGGACGCCCCCGACGGCUGCCCGCCCGCGGUCUACGAGGUCAUGAAGAACUGCUGGCACCUGGACGCCGCCACGAGGCCCUCCUUCCGGCAGCUCCGCGAGCAGCUUGAGCACAUCAAAACCCACGAUCUGCACCUGUGACCUUCUGGAUCGUGGGCCUGUGGGGACUGAGCCCGCACGGAUGUGGACCCAGGCCCCCCCCCCCGCACUGGGCCGUACCUGAACUGAGCCCCAGCAGGCCGGUGGGCCUCCCCGCCGUCCCAGCCUGCACCCUCUGGCCCCCGGGGACUCGGCCUUGCCUGGCAUGUUCUCUCACGGACCCACCUGUGGGGCUUGGGGAGCCCCGUGCCCGGGGCCAAAAAGGCAGGAGGCGGAGAGCGGGAGGCAGAUGCCCUUCCACGUCAUGCUUCCCAGCCGCCCGUCUCUCACCUUCUUAAGAGUUUUAUUUCUUUCCUUUUUUGAGAUUUUUUUUUCCAUGUGUUUUAUUUUUUAUGGUUUUUCAAGAUAAGGAAAAAGAAAGUACCCAGCAAAUGGGCAUUUUACAAGAAGUACGAAUCUUAUUUUUUUCCCGUCCCGCCCACAAGGGUGGGGGGACCGGGCCCCUCUCUAGGGACCUGCCAUCCCACCCUUGUUCCCCGUUCCGUGUUGCGUGUCCCGUGUCGCCUCGGUCGCCCCGUGUUUGCGCUUCACCAUGUUGCACUGUUUGCAUGCGCCCGAGGCAGACGUCUGUCAGGGGCUUGGAUUUCAUGUACCGCUGCCGCCUGCCCACCGCCUUGUGAGAUGGAAUCGUAAUAAACCACGCCAUGAGGACACCGCU